AAAUAUAUUGUUUGUGUAUCUUUUUCAUUUUACCGAUCGAUGGUCGUCGCGUGGAAUCCGUGGUAAUUUUCAGUGAUUACCGGUUAUUUCGUGUUUUUUUUCCGAAUCUUUGUAAUAAUUCAUAUCAUUUAUGAAAAUAUCCACGUGGAGUGUUAUACUGAAGGUUAGAAAGAAUGGCUACAGCGUUGGAAUUAUUAAGAUCUCUUGAUCAAAAUGAAAGGGAUCACGAUGACUUUAUUCGCGAAUUAUUGUCCUCGAACUCAGACAUCCCCUUCGAUAAAGAUGAGGUAAACACAAUUCAGAAUAUCAUUAUAACGACUGUUAAUACAAGGAUAAAUCAGGCAAGUACAAGAAAUUCUGGAUUAGACAUCUUGUUUCGUUUUCUACCCAGAUGUUCUAAGCAGAUAUUAUUGAAAUAUGGUAUUUUAUGGAUCACAAAAAGUACUCAAACCAUAGAAAGCAUUCAGAGUAGUAUAGCUGAAUUGAAUUUAGCUUGUAAAGUACUAGGAUCUCUAAUUACACAAUGUAAAGAAAUCCCAGAACUACAGAAACAAAUAUCUACGCAAAAUGUGAAGCAACUAAUAACAGUUGUUACAAACUUAGAACAAGACAGAAGGUGUGGGGCAACUUUAUAUCUGAUAGCCAUUUUGCUACAUAAUUAUCCAGAAGCUUGUGAAAAAUUGCAGACAGCCAUUCGUAGGAUUAUACUACCUAUAUUAGACUUAAAAAACAAUGGUUUGGUCAAGGCUGGUGCAAAUUGUUACACGUUACUCUCUAAAGCUACGGAGAAAACAUUUAAACCGCCACAGGAGAGAUCUACGUACACUGGCUGGAUCUACAGUCAGGCUCUGAUCUGUAACAGCUUGCAUGAAAUAAUGGAUAGACUAUUUACUGGUUUAAUUGAAUUAGAAAGUAUAGAUAUUUGGGACAAAUUAGUUCUUCCUGAAAUAUCACAAGACAAUAUAAUUGAGUAUUACUAUGGAUUAGAGCAUAGAUUUUUCAAUCUGUGCAUCUAUUUAUCAACAAUGCUCAGGGGAUACAGGGGAAAAAAUUCCGUAUCACCAAAUGAUAUUUUGCAAGUUCUGUGCAGGGGUUUAGCUGUCACACCUUGUAAUUUGGGAAUCGAUGACUCUUUCAGAAAGCAAAUAUUGCAUUUUAUUUUACCAAAGUUGCAUAUAAGUCUUUUUAGUGUUCUCGAUUCAUUUAUCGAUGGAUUUCGACAAGAUCUCGUUCCGUUUGCUCUAACGAUAUUACAGCUGUAUCAGCAGACUUUAAAGUGGAGUGCAAGCGUUCCAGAAAAUUUGACUACUUUCAGUGAAGGCAAACCUUUCAAAAAUGUGAGAAUCGCAGUUUACAAAAGUUUACAGAAUUGGCUAAUGUAUCUGGGGACUUUGUCAGGCAUUGAGAUGGUGGGAGAUGAACUUCUACCUCAUAUUUUGAAGGACAUUACACCAGAAAAAGAUCGUGUUGUGCUCACGGUUCAGAAAACACAUAAUUUGUCGAAAAGAGCUUUGAAACGGCUUCGAGAAUCUCAAUAUGAGAAUAGCACAAAUUUAGGUAGUGCAAUGGAGACUACAAAAGAACCGUGCUUGAAUGCCGAAUUAUGCAAUGUAGCUCUUCUUGUUUUACAAAACCUGUUUUCCAGUGGAGGAUGUUGGCUAAAGCCGUCCUUCUACAAGAGCGUCCAAAAUGUAAUCGUACCAUUAUUGUACGAUUUUUAUUUGGGAAGUACGGAACAGAAUUUCUAUAAAGAAAAUUCUGAAUGUCGUUUAAAUCUUAUUAGAAGUUUGAAGUCACUUCAAAUCAAUCAGAAUCCUUUCACGCCAGCACCUACGCAAUAUUCCAUUGAAAUUUUUGAAAUGGCUCUUAAUGAUUCUAAUUUAAGUAUCAUUCAAGAGUCUAAACUGGCAUUGGCUGAACUUGAAAAAGUAGCACAUCCCAUUGCACCAGCAUUGGAAUUUCCUAUUAGGAAUGGGAAUAUUGAAAAUAAAGAUUCAGAAGAGAUCAGCUCAGUGCUUGAAAAACUAAAUGAGUCGGUAACAAAUACUUCCAAAAGUACGCGUAAAAAUAUUUGGACUCAAUUUAAGGAGUCCCAAAAUGAAAAUAGCACGAAUCAGACUACUGAUAAUUCAUGGAAGGAUUCCGGACUUUCAACUAAACAAGGUUCAAUAACAAACGGCGGCCCUACACCUACUAAACAGAAAAAAUCCAACAAUACUGUGUCGCAUGUAACAGUGGUAACUAGCAAAAGUGAUCCUGUAGCUUUGUUAAUGAACAAUGAUGAGUCCAGUGCACAGCAAGAAGAUAAAAUUGACGAUGGCUCUUUCGAUUCUACUGCUUCCGUAGAAUCCAAUGAUAAAACUAAAGUCUCUGAAGAGAUUGAGAAGGAUCAGAACUAUAGAUCUAGCAAAGCGGAUGUGUCCUCCUAUCUUACGUUAAAAGAAAUACAGAUGGAUGAGAUGUUGUUUGCUACAGAAAAAGAAGAUUCAAAUAGGAGACCUUCACCUCAAGAAGUGGAUAUAGAGUCUACCGAAAAUAAAACAGUUAAGGAAACAAAAGAGAAACACGAAGAAGUGAAAGACGGAGAAAAUGUCGAAGACAUGCUCAGUUUAUUUUGUGAUACGACAAUGGAUUAAUAUAUAGAUAUGACAAUAAUAAUCUUUACAUUAAUUAAAA